AUGCCCAAGAGUAAACCCUUCACAGUCUGCAGUGAGUGUGGCCAAUGGGUGUACAACUGGCGGCUGGACAGGCAAGGAGGGCAGUGCAAGUGCGGCGCGUGGCUGGAACGGUUCCAGGGCACGCCGCCCUGGCGCAGCAACCGCUACGGGCAGCAGCACGCUGGAAGCUCAGCGGCGGCGUGGUGGGGGCCAAGGCCAGGAGAAAGCGAUGGCAAGGCGGCGGCGAUGGAUUUCCUCGCAGGGGGGAACAAGCAGCUGGCCAAGAAAAUCGAGGAGCUCCAGCGCAAGCAUGCGCCGCCGCCGCCUCAGCCGAGGCCACCUGAUGCAUGGCAGGCGCUCACGAAGGCCAAGGGGCAUCAUCAGAAGGCGCAAAAGUGGCUGCUGGAGUGCGAGGACGAGCUCGAGCGCUUGUCCAUCCUCCACGAUGAGGCGCUCUUCCGCCGCGACCAGGCCUUGGAGAACGCCUUCGAUGCGGAUCAGGCCCGCGCGAAGGCCUCGGCGGCCUACUACAAGCAGGUGGGCAAGGGAGAGCUCGUCAAGGCUGAGGGGGAGGAGCCUGGGCAGGCUGAAGUGCAGACGAUCCUGGACUUCUCAGUGGAUGACCGGCUCCUGGACGCCAGCCUGGACGAGUACGAGGACGGCCCAGAGAAGGAGGCGGUGUUGGCCUUCCGCACCAAGUUGGCGGACAUCCAGCAGGCGGGGAAGACGUCCUUGCAGAAGAUCGAUGAGGCAGAGGCGGCGCUCGUUCGGCAGCAGUCAGAGGUUCGCCAGAAGCACGCGGAGGAGGCAAAGCAGCUGCGCGACCAGGCGGAGCAGCACCAGCAGCUCCUGGUGCAGCAAGUCGAGCAGCUCCCCAGCCUGCGCAAGCAGCUCCGGAAGAAGCGCAGGACGGAGGACGGCCAGGCGGCCUCAGGCGAAGCCGCCAAGAAGGAGCCCGGUGAGCAGCCAGCGGCGGAGCCAGGAGCAGCGGCCGCGGAACCAGCGGGUGCCCCAGACGCCGAGGCAGCCCAGAGGAGGAAGCAGAUGCUGCUGGACUACCAGGCGAAGGUCAAGGCUGAGCGCGCCGUCGCUGUCGCCAAGGGGGGCGGCAAGGGCAAGCCAGGCUCGGCUGGCGAUCGCCAGCUCUUCUUUGCGAAUGUGGAGAAGUGGGGCCCACAGGCCCACAAGUACGUGAACGAGUAUCAGGAGCGACGCCCACGGGCAAGUGUGAUGGGCAUCUGCGAGACCCACCUCUUGCCCGACAAGCAGAAGAAGGUCGCGGUCGACCUCGAUCGGGGCGGCUGGAAGACCACGGCCACGGCAGCGCGGCCGUCUGGGCUAAGCAGAGGCGACCCCUUCCGCGGGUUCGUGGCGACCACCAUCCACGCGAAGGCGGGCAAUGUGAUCUACGUGACGGCGUACAUGGCGCCCCAGUGGGGGAAGGGGUCCCCGAACCCCCAGAAGUUGGCGAGCCUGGCGGCCCUCCUGAGGGCCGUGGACGACCCGUGGAUCGUGGCGGCGGACUGGAACCUGGACCCAGAGCAGUUGCUGAAGAGCGAGUUCCCGCAGAAGGUCGGCGGGGUGGUGAAGGCGCCGCAGGUGACGAAGGUAACGUGCGCCAAAGGGGAGCAGGGGUCUCUGCUGGACUACUGCUUGGUGCGCAAGGACUUUGCGGACCCGGCGAUGGUAGAGGCGGAGCUGGAGGUGCCUUGGAAGGAGCAGGAGGCCAUCGCGAAGCUGUACGAGGAGGAUGAGGUCUGCCAGGGGCCCAAGACGCCCUUCCAGGUGCCACUGGAGUGCUGGAGGGCGUGUCCGGAGCACGCUGGGCGAGGGCCCGUUGUGGGCGCGCGCACGGGCCCGGCGCAGCAGCUGGACGACCACGUCGCCUACCAGGGCCGCGAGGAGCAGGAGAAGGACCUCUCGCAUAGGUACGGCAACUGGGUGAGCAAGCUGGAGCUCGCGCUGCUGGCCGCCCACGAGGUGGAGGAGUCGGAGAAGGCGCGCUACCAGGGGCGCGGGGGGGACUUCGACCUGAAGUGGGUGAAAGCGAAGGUCACGCCAGGCAGGGCACGCACGAAGUGCCACAAGUCUGACGCCAUGUGCUAUGCGCUCACGCUGAUGCAGAGGUGCCAGACGCUCUCGCGUGGCAGGCGCGAUGAGGCUCAGCGAGGCCGCGUGAGCUGCAAGCUUAAGAGGAUCGCCAGGGAGACGCUGGACCAGGGCAUGGCAGACUUUUUCGGCAGCGCGCGCUUCAUGGUCUGGCAGAAGAUGAUGGUCAAGGUCGAGACCCUCUCGGCGGCGCACCGACAGAAGUUGCUCGAGCUAACUGGCGCGCUGGCGGCGGCAGGGCAGGCGCGCGCGAUGGGGGAAGCACGAAGAGCCUACACCGAGUGGGUGAAGGAGAUGUGGAGCGACAAGAUGGGGGUGCUGCACAAGCACGUGAAAGACGAGCCGACCAUCAUCAACGAGAUCUGCACGGGCACCUCCACCACGGCGGACCCUGCGGCGAUCAUGAAUGACCGGGCGUCCAAAUGGAGAGAGUUGUGGCAAGACCCGAAGGUGAGCUUGGAGGACUUCCAGGGACAGCUGCGAAGGACCCUGGAGGUAGCGAAGGAGGAGGACUACCCGCCAGUGGAGCCGGAGGAGUUCGACAGGGCGCUGAACUCCAUCAACGGCAGGAAGGCGAUGGGCGUGGACGUGCUGAGCUCGACGGAGGUGCAGAGGCUUCCGCACGAAGCGCGCGAGGAGCUGAGGCAGCUGAUGAACGAUGCCGAGGUCCAGGGCGUCUGGCCUCGCCAGUGCAUGGCGGUGGUGGCGGCAUCGGUUCCGAAGCCUGCUGGGGGCGACAGGGUCCUGGGCAUGAUUGCCCUGAUGCCCAAGAUAUGGAGCAACGCUCGAGGUGGUAUCGUGGACAACUGGACAGAGCAGCUCGGGGCAUUCUGGGACGGCGCCCUGCGAGGGUGCUCUGCGCUCAGUGCUGCGCUGUACCGUGCCCUGGCGUCGGCCACUCUCCUCCUCGACCUCCAGACCUUCUACGACACGAUCAGCCUGGCGCUGCUCAUGGAGCUGGCGGUGCAGGCGAAGUACCCUGCCAUCGUCGUGGCCAUGGAGGUGGAGCUCCUCUUGGGCCCUCGCAUCCUGAAGGACCAGCGCCACGGCAUCAGCGAGCUGGUCUGGCCGACGCGCUCGGUGGUGGCGGGGUCGGCGAGGGGGGUAUCCCUGGCCAAGGUGUUCAUCCGCGGGGUGCUGGAAAAGGCCCGCGAGGUGGCCCCGCAGGCGCCCCUCUGGACAUUCGUGGACGACACGACGGCCCGGUGCGAGGGAUCUCGUCUGAUGGUGAAGCAGGGGAUGAAGCAGGUGGCGACCCAGUUCGUGGAGGGCUCCGUCGAGGAGCGAGGCCUGAUCAUCUCGAACAAGUCCAAGCUGCUGGCGUCGGACACGCAGCUGGGCCGAGAGCUACAGGCGGAACUGGAGUCGCCUGCUCUGCCGCUGCAGUUGGCGCUGGGCGCCACUGACCUGGGCGGCGACGCGGCAGCUGGGCGGAGGCGCUGCUGCAAGAAGCGGCGCACGAGGCUGCUGGCGGCCGGCAGGCGCGGUAGCCGCAUCAUGAGAAUGAGGAGGAGCGCGGCUCUCGCCAAGGAGGCGAGGGGGCUGUGGAGCACGGGGGCUUCUCCACAGGCCACCUGCGGCCACCAGCUCCAGGGCCUGGCGCCGUCGAGCGUCAGGAGGCUGAGGCAGCGGGCGGGCGCGGCAGUUGGAGGCAAAGCUGGCGGACGCUGCCUCACCAUGGUCCUGGCGGCGGGGCUUGAGGAGGGCCCAGCCAUCAAGCUGCGCAUCCAGCUGGUAGACUCGUGGCUGGAGCUCUGGGGGACGGCGCCUCAGGUCCAUGCGAGGAUCCACAGAGUCUGGCCUGCCAUCCGCGGCACGCUCCUGAGCGCCGGCGCAGCCCGGCGCUGGCGGCGCGUGCGUGGCCCUGUCGGCACGCUCGUGGCACCGCUCAUGGACGUGGGCUGGGAUCCGCGCACUGCUGGCACGUGGAGCAGGCCAGAGGUGGACGGCACGAUCACGGAGUGGCACCUGGUGGAGUCGAGCUCGGAGGCCUUUGGGAGCUUCAUCGAUCGGCAGCCCAUCCUGCACGACCUCCGCGAGGACAUCAUGCGCCAGCUGUGGAAGCAGGCGGCGGCCCACGAGGACGGCGGCAACUUGGGGAGCGGCGCGGACAUGCUGCAU